AUGUCUGCGCUGUUUGAGAUUAUCGCAUGGACCUUAACCAUAACAGCGUUGUCUGGAAACUCUUUCGUAAUAUUUCUGAUCCUAUUCAGAAAGAACCUUCGCUUGCGUAAACUCAACUGGUACAUUAUUUCCCUUGCUGUGGCGGAUGCUUUAGUGGCCUUAAGUUUCUAUCCUCCAUUGUUUUUUUGUGAUCGUUGGUCCUUCUGCCAAACAGGUAUCAUGAGAGCAUUUCGCUGGAUCUUCAUUUACUCCUCAGUAUGCAAUUUGUGCGCCAUGACAGCUGACCGUUACCUCGCCAUCACCAAACCCAUGUACCACAGAGUCAAGGUAUCGGACAGGAUUGUGGCCAUUUCGAUCGCGAUUUCAUGGCUUUUUCCUAUUAUUUUGCGUGGUGUUGUCUUCACUCCCCUUUAUUACCUGCAUAAAAGGGAAGCAUUCAAGUACUUUCUUCCUGUGAUAGUCAUAAUAUUUGAGGUUCUUCCGUGUUUACUCAUUCUCUUCGCUGCCCUGCGAAUAAGCAUCGUUGCUAAAAGGGAACAAACAAAACACAAGAACAGAUCGAAAGGAAAAGCUAAAAAGGAGAAUCAGCGAGAAGGAUCAAGAGCUUUGAAGAUGAUUUUGAUGGUCACAUUUCUCUUUGUAUUCUGUUACGCCUUGGAAGCUUAUUACACGAUGUGCAAAAAUGUUUUAAAACUCUGCGAUGACACUGAAAUAAUUCAGAUGAUUCGUCGGCUCAUGUUGGUAGCGAACUCCGCGAUUAAUCCAUUUGUGUACACCUUCCUGAGAAGAGAUAUUAAGGAAGAAGUAAAGAAACUGAAAUUGUCUUGUAGAAAGGAGAAA